GCCUGACGUUGUCAUAAUUUCCGUCGUCGUCUUCCCUGUCGUGGACUGACUACUCGAUCCGCAAUGGUAACCAUAGCAGAUGGACGAUCUGCCUCGAGGACACCCUUCUUUUUUCUUUUUAAAUAAACAAUGCACGAGUCGAAUGUCCCUUCAAUGUCAUUCUCUCCCAUAUCCUCCUCUUCUACGAGCAGCGACUCUGAAGCUGAAUGGCGACUGGAAGGCUUCCUCCGGACAGCAUCUCGCGUCGUCAAAAUCGUGGAGAUGCCUCCGCUUGAGACGUUGUCCGCGUUGGGAAGACCGACGGUGUGGUCGCGUGUUUCAGAGAUGUGGGCGGUGUUUGACAGACAUAGCGAGGCUUGUGCUGCCCUCGCAAAUGUCGCUUGCCUCCUCCCAGCCCUCGAGUCGGAGCUGGAGCCUUUCCAUUUACUUUCCAAAGUCAACUUCCACCAACUUUCUACCAACGUUCGUGUCAGGAACUGGCCAGCUCAGGUCUCCCCUCGAUUCCAGCGAGACAAUCGCACACCCACUCUCACUCCCUCGGGACGAGAUUUCGCCAUCGGUGGUCGCGUCCAAAACAUUUCGUCAGAUCCCCUAAGUCCUUGCAUCAUGUACUGGCCGGAUAACGAGCCGUUUCCAGAGCCGGGCCAAAUUCGUCCUGGCAACCUCCUCGACCUCGCUCACCUUCCCAUUCUCAACACCGGUAAUCGUGGUCCGAUUGCUCAUCAACCGGGGGACUGGGUUUGCAAGAAAUGCAACUACUUGAACUGGAGGAGAAGGAAAGUUUGUCAGACAUGCCUACCUUACGCCGAAGGUAACGGGGACUCUAUUUCUGCCGCGGUUCAAGCAGAACGUAUCGCUCUCCUCACUUCCGUACUCUCUCAAACUUCCCGACGCAGCCAGAGUCUAACAACCCCUCGUCGUUUUGACCGCUACGACCACCUCGACUCCCUCUACCCCCAACAUCUCCGUCAGCCUCACAAAUUUCAAUCUCACUCUGAACUGGACGCCCAUUCUCGCUUUACUGGUCUCGUCUACCAAACUCCCUCCAUUUCCGACCCUUCUCUCCUCGCUAUCCCACGAAAUCCCCAUGAAGAAGACGACGACGGCACCACCCUUCUUCCCGCCUUCCUACAGGAGAUCGUAUCGUCCCCAAGCUCCGACUCUUCCGAGAUGAGCGACUCUGAGGCUAGCGAUCGUCUUCGUCUCACAAGUCCGCAGUCCUUUGGUUCAGUGGCGGCGGCAGCUCCACCUCCAGUGGACCUGAAAAGUAUCUGGUCGCUCGACAACAUCCAGUUGUCUUUCAACAGACAGUUCAGUCCCACCCAAAAGUAUUGAUUACUCAGUCAUAUAUUCCUGCCUUUAGUAUCUCCUCUCUGGUCAUCUACUCCUUCUUUCUUGUCUCCUUUGUCCUUCAUUUUCGAAUGGUAGGAGGAAACGCAUCCUGUAACGGUUUUUUUGUUGGAGCACGGAUCUUUCCUUUUUUUGCGACUUCAUGUUCUUGGAAUUACCAUUACCUUCGCCAAACACUAAUCGAUGUUUUAAGAUUUAUCAUUUCUCAAACUUACGUGCUUACCCUACCAACUCCUUAAUUUUCUUGCCCGUUGUUGUUCCUUAGCUGUAACUUUAGCCGUGCACCUAGAACGCCAACCAUUGAUGCUGUAUUACUUGCCUUUAGUAGCCUUUCCGUACACUCGUAUCACAUCGUUCAUUGACUUUGAAAAUCGAACCCAUCAGCCAACGCGAACCAAACUCGACUUCUUCCACUUCCAAAACCCGCCAGAUCUCCGAGUAAAUCCUCGCAGCUUGAUGUGUAAUAUCCGAAUCGCAGACUCGCAGCCCCACA